AUGUCUCUUAUAUACACAGAAAUAAUCCUGUUAACUGUUCAGUACUCUGUCAACGUCGCGACUGCAAGGAUAGCUGUUAGCAUGGCAUCGAUGGACGAAGGAAACAAGGAUGCGAUUUAUGGGUCUUUCAAAUACAGCGACGGCAGCGAAUACAUCGGCGAGUGGGAUUCGAACGGACAGAGGCACGGUGUAGGACAACUUACUACUCCGGACGGCUCAGUAUAUUCCGGGCAAUUCAAAUUAGGAUUGUGCUCUGGUUUAGGCGUUCUAGUUUUCUCUGACGGAGCAAGGUACGAGGGUACUUUUUCUGAAGGCUGGUUCCACGGACCGGGGGCAUUUUGGAGAUCUGACGGUAUGAGAUAUGAAGGUGAAUUCCGUGGUGGAAGAAUUUGGGGACAGGGAUUGGUGACGUUUUCGGACGAGAGCAAUGGUUUCCCACGCCACGAAGGCUACUUUCAAGAUUGUAGAUUUAUGCGUCGAGCCAAGAGUGGUGACGCAAUUCAACGGGCCCAGAAAGUCGCCUUAAUGGCUCGUGCUCUAUGCGACCAGCACUAAUGUUUCUCCCAAAUCAUUCCCCAUCUGAAGAUCUUAGUGAUGCAAAUCAAUUACUAAAACAGAACCAACCUAUUUCAUUCCAAUUAUAUUACUUGAUCUAUCGAGUGAUGGCUGUCGUUGAAUUUGCUAGCAGUAGAUGUUGGAGAGCUGUUGAUUGUUUCAUCCGGGCUUGCAGUAAUAUAUGACUUGCUACACCGA